AUGAGCGCCAUCUUGGAAAGCAAUGAGCUGGAAAUCGGCCUGAGUAAUCUUCUCAGGGAAGGGCCUCAGCAAAAUGUAUCAAAAAACAAAAUUAAAAAACGUAGGGCACUGUACUUGGCGAUCGAGCUUGGAGAUGAGAAGAUCGGAGUAUACAGAGGAGAUAAACACAGAGAAUCCGAGAACAAGGAUCAGCAAGCGAUGGGAUCGAAUUCGAUCCAUUUUUUCCGUCUCUCCCUGAAAGUGAGUUGGGUCAAACGGAGGCUGUGUAGUUCCAAGGACGAUAUGCGAGAGAUGGCGCUGAGACUGGCGCUGUACCUAUCGGAAAUGGACCCCUCGAAAGCCUUCAACUUUGGAUUGUGCCUUCCUCCUCGUGUAGCUACACCAAGCCGGUGGCGGAUCUUCCUGGCCGCAACCGUGGUCCCGACAUUCGUCUUUAUCACGACAUCCAGCAACACGGAGGCCGAGCUCGACGACUGCCACCAAUGCGACCCAGCAAAAGAAGGCCCCGUUUGGGAACAUCACUACCCGACCCUACCUGGUCAUGGCGAUGGCCAUCCCAUUCUUCCAGCAGAUGAUAGGAAUUGCGGUUAUCUCUUUCUACGUACCAAUCAUUUUCAAAACGAUCGGGUCGGAGUGGGUCUCUCACAGGGACGGAUGGACACUAUGGAACAUAUGUCGAAGAAAAGACAAAGUUGGAGAACUUGCGAGACAUAA